UUCUCGAACCACACAGAUCGAAAUUUUCCAACGCGCUACCAGGGCGCAUUUUCGCUCGUUAUACUUUUUACCACAUAAUUCUUCUCCUUUGUAACUUGAACACGUGUACAAAUAUAGACAAGAUGGAACCAUUACGCUUGAAGCCGCGCAAACCAGUUGAGGAGAUAGUUGAGAACUGGGAUGACGAUGAUUUUAUGAUUGGAGACGAUGAAGACCUCACGUUCAGAAGUCAUUCAACCUCUACCACUACACGCAACACGUCGAGCAGCCGUCGUCGCGACAGUCGCUCUUCCUUCCGGUCCGACCGCGAGUCGCUCCCCGGUGAUGAACGCCAAGUACAUCUCCCCGGCGACGAUGAAAAAUCUACACUGGACGCCAUAGCUGCCGCUACUCACGCCGGUAUUCCCAUACCCACCAAUGUGCCGCCCUCGGCUCUUAUGGGGGGUACUAUUAAGCGACUAGGUGGGCGCAAGAUCAAGAAAAUAUUUCAGGAAGAUUGGGGCGAUGAACUAGAACUUCCGGCACCCGGUCAAGCGCUCCGUUUGAAGGCCCAAGACGGAAACAAAUUUCCUGAAAUUUUACGCCAAGUCAGCGGUUCAUCGACUCUAAGUCCGAUGAAAAAUUCCUUGCCUUCUGUAGCUCAGAUCUCACCUCCACAACUUCAGCGGUCCUUGGGUGCACCCAUUAAUCUAGAAAAGUUCAGAGAUUUGGAUGAUGAUGAUGACGAUAUAUUUGGGGAUGGCGUGCCUACUAUAAAGGCAUCUAAACCUCAGGUUAGGGGUAGACCUAUUUCUUUGAUAACACCCCCUACGCCUUCGCCGCCAAAGGCAAAGAGUAAAGAGACAGAGGAAGACGAUUUUGAAAACGAUCUCGAACUACCUUCAGAUGGAAAGCUGAAGCUUUCUAGCAGGAGAGACAUACCUAAAACCCCGUCUCUGAACAUCAACGACGACUUCGAUUGGGGUGAAGGUAGUCUGGGGACACGUUUUGGUGGCACAAGGCGAGACGCUUUCUCUAAUCGAAGUUCAUCAGUAUCGGCCAUGAGCCCCAGCAUUGCCAGCUCAUUCACUGCUGAGAGUGAGGAUGAAUUCUUUGAUGGGCUAGUCUUACCUAUGGGGCCCCUUGACUUGGGUGAGCGAUUGAAGAGACGGAAAGAGAGUCGAUCUCCGCAACGCGCAGACCUCGCAAAAUCCCAGCAAAACAAUAAGCGGCCUUCUUCACCAAAGUCCACCUCGCCGGUCCAGUAUUCUCCCAAGCGCGCUUCGCCAAAAAUCAGCUCGCCCAGGCGUAGCCUGGCAAAUCGUGCUUCCUUGAUCAGCAACGAUGAAGACGAUUUAGUUUCAGGCUUGGAUUUUGGCGAAGGCAACCUCUUCCGCUUCGCUAAACCUACUGUGCACCGCAAUGUUAGGGUUAAGGAGGCACGAGCUGCCAGUCCUUCUCGACCCAAGGCUGCAGUUUCCAUCACUUUCACAAAUAAACCGGUCAAUGCUGGCAGUUCGCGGAUUCCACGGCCCAUGGUCGGUCAUGAACGUUCUCAUACGCAGUCAUCACUCGAACCCGUCUCUGAAAGCGGUGGCCCAAUUCCACAGAAGCCCCCUCGCAGGCCUCAGUCCAGGUUGAGUGGACAUUCGGCUCAUUCUUCAAUCUCUAGUAUACAUACACCUACCACCCCCUCUUCAGCCCAGUCUAGCUUUCCUCCUACUCCACGAAGAACAGAGCUUAGUCAAAAGGCUUCGACGGGCGCUUUACGUACAGAACCAACAACCACGAGUGCACAGCUCUUACGUUUAAAGCGCUCGCUACCUGCUAUGCGACAUAACCAAUCACCUAUCAAGCCCAUGGCAAUCCAGUCCAACCGUCCUCCGUCACGCGGAGAUUCCCGUGCCGAUCUAUAUCGACCUCAAUCAUCUUUACGGCCGAAGACACCAGUAGAGCGACAACGCCCGGCUUACGAGAGCAGUGCAGCCCAGGCAAGGAAGAGUCAGGCGCCUUUUCUGCCGGCUGGUGCAUCCUUAUCUCAAUCGCACAACGUGAACGCAAGGGGCUCCCGCUCAUUUAGGCGCCAUGACUCCGAUCAGGGCCCCGAGAUCCGGCCGUUGUCUAGGGCGCUCUCGCGCAGUGCGCUUCGAUCUCCUAGUCCGAGACGAUUCAAGAACGAGAAGUCAACCCCAGAACCUGUCUGGCAACAAAUCAGCAAGCCGCGGCGAGCCCGCCACUUCGGAGAUGGUCAUGAAUUGGAUGCAUUUGAUGACCUCCCAACAUCAGCUCAGGCGGAAUCGCGAUUUAUCAAACAACCAAUUGCUAGUGGCAACAAGAGUAAUUUCCGAAACAAAAUCUAUCAGAACGUGUUACCCGACCGCAAUACGCCUAGUCCUGUCUCUCCAUAUUCACCCAGUCGAGUUGACACGCUGCCCCGCUUUGCUCGAGAUACGGCUGCCAGCCGUAUAGCCCGAGAAACGAGCUUGGCACAACGGGCACAACCUACAGGACCACUGGCUCCUCUGACCUCGCAAAGAGUCGCUCAACUAUCGGCUCGAACAAAUUUGAACCCUCACGUUUCACUAAGCCACAGCCGGUCUAAGAAGUCCCGGAAGCCUCCUCAAUUAAAACCACACCUGAUCUCCAACCUAAGCUCAGCCAAGGACUCUAAAGUCGUUAAUGGGAUGACUUACAACCCGGCAACUUUCCGGUGGGAAGGCAACGAGAAUGCACUAAAUGCAUUUGAUGUACCAGCUUCAUCGCCGUCAACAUCUUCUAUACCUCAGCCAGUAGCCCGUGAUAGAGACGCAGCAACUCCCCGACCGGUCCUCAUCACCAACAUCAACACAAAGAAAGAAAUCAGACGAAUGGGUGACAUGGUAUUUGAUCCCCAAAACAUGUGUUGGCUAGAAAUUAAAACCGGCACACCAAAUGGACUCGAGUCAGAAGAUCCCAUGGCCGGCUUUGCUGCCAUAGAAGAAGAGGACCCCUUCAAAGAUAUCCCAGAUCUUGAAGACAAAGUGUCAACGAAUAGUGGUCCUGGCCGGGUUAGUGAUGUUCGAGAAGACUGGCUAGUCGGCGAAGAAUUUGAUGUCGGUCCCGAAUUUGUGAGACGACAGCAUGAGGAAGAAGCCCGGUGGCGACGAAAGUGCGAAAAGUGGACCGGCAAAGUCAUUCGUGAUCGAACCAGCUGGCGAUGGGCGAUCCGCGACAUCGUCAUGCAAACACCUUAAACCCGUCAAUCAGCAGAUACGAAUUUUCAUGAUAACGAAGAAAUGAUGCAGGAAUAUGGCGUUGGUAAUGGAUACAACAAGCCAGCAAUAUCUAAUUAAGAAGGGGUGGAUGGACGAUGUUUAUCUUCUUGAUUGUGCUUUACUAUAUAUGGUUUACUUUGAAGAAACUGUACAGCAGUGAUUAUCAGGCGAUAGAGGUAUGGUGCUAUCCAGUGGUUUUUCAUCUGGUUAUAGGGUUGCAUACACAUGGCUUUCCUUCUGGCUUUGUAUAGAUGAGCUCGCCACGAAAGGCACAGGUUAUGAGGGAUGAUAAUGAACUUUUAGUACUCAUGAUACAGGAUUUGUACAGAUAGAUAACAGAACAGUAGCCGAGUUGGUUUAACUGGGUCUGGUAGAUAAAAGAGUAACGGAGUUCAUUGUUUGCUUCAUAUUCAUUUCAUCAUAUUAACGUGCCACUUCGUCCGAAGCUAGCUGUGUCGCGAUUCAUCACUUACUAGAUUUGACUUCUUUCCUGCGGCCAAAAUCUGUCUAGAUUUGGUGACAAUGAGACAUACGAUUUGAGGAAGUCUCUUCAUCCAUACCAGCCACUCCAGGUCUACCAAGCCAUUUAGUCUUGCCAAUAUGUUGGUCCUUACACUUCCGAUAUAUAUUUACUAGAAAACAACAUGCGAUCUAGCC